AUGGACGGUUCAGGAUGCUGCAGCUCAGAUGAGCCAUGGGCGCGAUGUUUUCUUCGUUUGGCUCGAGGAACGAACGAUCAAGACUGCACCGUAAUCAACAAUCAAAAAUGUGGGAGCGACAUAGAAUUGGACCCAGGUCUGAACGAGACCACUAAUCAUCAGGUGCGGUAUAUACAAAAGAAUAUUCACGAGAUCAACAACUUUUUCUCAAAUUACUUUCAUGCGAUCGAUUCUUCCAAGUCUACCACUUCAUUGGACGUCGGAUCUCUGACCUCGACUCUCAACCCAAUCAAAAGCACUCCGGCGCCGGAGCUUGCAGCAGGUACUCUCGCGAUUCGCAGUCUCGCUCUUCGAGUCCUAAUCCAAUCCUUCCUCGUCUCCGCCACGCACUCCCCCUCACUGAUCAAGUCAUUCCUCCCUCUCGGCUCCGCAGCGUCUCAAGUCGAGCAAAUCGGCGAUCUAUCUUCCAUGCUGGAGUCCAUCACCACCGACCUAAAAGACGGCUUCGACCGCUUGCUAAAAGUUCUAAUGGGCGAUGUCGCGCAAUUCACGCUCUUCGCCUCCACAGGCGCCUGGUCUGGGCAGAUCUCCGCCGACUACGCGCAGAGUAUCAAAGGCUAUGACUUCAUGCUGAAAACCCACAUUUCUUCACAAGCGCUUAAGAUGAACGAUUAUUGGGGACAGGCCCUUGCAGAGGUCGACCAGGAGUGGUGGGAUACGUCGGGGCAAAGUGGAAGGCUCACGCGCGUCUACGAUGAACAUAUCGAGGGGGACCAUGACCAUAAAAGUCCACCUGACGGACAGCUCAACGGCAACUGGUUUCGCAGCAAUGCAACGAGGAGGGUGUACGCGUUGAAUUGGAAGCGCGGCGAAAAGCCAGAGAAUGGGCAAGAUGCUGGGGAUAUACUCAAGAUGUUCAAGGCAUAUGGAUGGGCGCAAAUGGAGGUUUUGUUCGAUGGUGCGGUCAAUUGCACCUAUUCUGGCCGCGCCGGAAGUGACCAAGUCAUUGGUAUCAACCCGGAUGGGGGAUUGAACGUCGAAUGCAUCUCCAGUCUGCCGAUCUAUUUCUACUGUAAUUGGACGGAUUUGAGGUCGUGUUGUCCGGCGUAUCAGUAUGAUGGGACAUGUCCGUACUUUGGCCACGUGGGAGGAUGUAAGUGGUUUGGGCUGGGGAGUGUGGGUGUGGAGUGGAUGUGGAACUAA